CUCAACAUCAUCUGGAUGGUGAUACCACUGUCCAAUGCCAACCAGCCAGAACAGGUGAUCAUUUACCAGGGUGGCCAGGUGUUCAGCCUCGCCAACCACCUCAAUGGUCGUGUGGGCUUUGUGGCCACCAUGCCAAGUACAAGUGCCUCCAUCUUCAUCAACAACACCCAGCUGACAGACACUGGGACCUACCAGUGCCUGGUCAAUAACCUCCCAGACAGAGGGGGGCGCAACAUUGGCGUUAUUGGGCUCACCGUGCUGGUGCCCCCCUCGGUGCCAGCAUGUCGAAUCCAGGGCACGCUGGAUGUAGGCAGUGACAUCAUGUUGAUUUGCAGCUCGGAUGAAGGUAUUCCCACACCGUCCUACUCCUGGGAGAAGCUGGACGCGCUGCCCAAGCUGCCGAGCAACGCCAUGCAAGACCAAAUGCAGGGCACUGUAACACUGAGAAACAUCAGCACCAGCACCUCAGGACUCUACCAGUGUACCUCCAGCAACGCAAUUGGCAAGAGCACCUGUCUUCUGAACCUUCAGGUUGUAGCACCCCAGCCUCAGAGUGUGGGUCUGAUAGCCGGGACCAUUGCUACUGGAGUCCUGGCUGUCAUCAUCUGCUCCCUGUUAGUGGCGGUUACACUCUUCUACUGGAAAAACAAGAACAAAUAUGAUGAGGAAGAGAUCCCCAAUGAAAUCAGAGAAGAUGACCUUCCUCCCAAGAGGUCAUCAUCAGUUAAGGCUUUCCAUGCAGACGCCUCAUCCUCAGAGAAUGACACACUGACAUCUACCAACACCUACAACAGUCGUUACUGGCACAACCCAAAACCUAACUAUGACACCAACUCCUACACCCGCUACAACGGAGACACGCGCCAGACCUUCUCUGCAGCCACCCAUGCCGCACAUGGACCAACAUCAUUUGCCAAUGGCAGCCACACGCUCCCGCCACCCAAGACUCUGGUGGUCACCACGAACUCUGCUCCGUCUCCCCCCACCAUGGUGCGCAGCAACGGCUCUGUGAGCCUAAAGCCAGUGGUGACAUCCACACACGGGCAGCACACGCACUCCUAUGCGGUGAGCCAAGCCACGCUGGAGCGGAUGGGGGCGGUGCCUGUAAUGGUGCCUGCCCAAAGCAGAGCGGGCUCGCUGGUCUGA